AUGCGGCUCCUGUUCCUGGCUGUGCUGCGGCGGCACACAGGCAACGCCGUCACGGCCGAGCGCGUCCGGGACCACCUGGAGGCCGCAGGCCACAUCUGCCUCCUGAAGGACGCCUUCGACUUCGACAGCCCAUCUGACGUUGCGAGCCUCAUCACGGCCGAGAACCUGCAGGCAGCUCUGGCUCUGCACCUGUACCGGGGUGGCCGCCUGCUGCAAGGUCACCGAGUCCCGUUUGGCAUCAUCUUCGGUGGAACUGAUCUGAACGAAGACGCCCAAGAGGAAGAGAAAAGCAGAGUCAUGGGACGCGUCCUCCAGGAGGCCAGAUUCGCUGUGGCGUUCUCCGAGUCCAUGAAGGAGAUGGCACAGAGGCGGUGGCCGCAUGCCAAGGGUAAGAUCUUCGUCCAGAGCCAAGGCAUCACAACAACACCCAACAUCACCUUUAGCUGGAGCAGCUUUCUUCAACGUGCAGCCAUUGACCAGAGCGCCGACUGCGUGCAUGUAUUCCUGCUCAUCUGUGGCUUGCGGCGUGUCAAAGACCCGUUGUUCCUGGUGGACGCCUUUUCAGAUUGGCACCGAGACGAGGGGGACGCGUACCUGAUAAUUGUGGGCCCGGAAGUGGACCCUGUCUUCACCCAGGAAGUGAAAGCCAUUGUGGACAGGGCCCCCGGUGUGCGGCUCAUGCCAGAGCUGCCCCAGGAAGACCUGCACGCCGUGGUCAAGAACUGCCGCGCAGUGGUGAACAGCUCCGUGUCGGAGGGCAUGUCGGCCGCCAUCCUGGAGGCCAUGGAUUUGGAAGUCCCGGUGUUGGCCAGGAACAUCCCUGGGAACGCGGCCCUGGUGAAGCACGGGGUGACAGGCCUGCUGUUUUCAGAUCCUGAGGAGUUCGUUCAGCUGGCCCAGAGACUGCUCAGUGACCCCGCCCUGGAGAAGGAGCUCGUGGCCAACGGCAAGGAGUACGUGAGGCUGUGCCACUCGUGGAAGGCGGAAAGGGACGUGUACCGACACCUCGUCGGCAAGCUGGAGGGGAACAGCGAGGAGUGA